CACAUAAGAAAAUCAUACUUGCGGAGUUUUAAGUAAUGGCAGAUCAAAGACAAGGAGAAGCUGGUUCCAGCAGCCUGGAGAGCAUUGUAGUCCAUAAAAAUGGUGCCAAUACACCCGCUGCUGUUUCUGAUGAUGAAAAUCAGUGGCUGGGCUUUAUCGUGAAUGGCCAAAGCUUGAAGAAUCAGCAGGAGGUGACCUCGGCGAAGAUAGAGAGAGUUCCAGGGAUGCUUCGUGAUGUUGAAGAAAACAGUGGCUGUUAUGAUCCUCUAGUGGUUUCGAUCGGUCCUUAUCACCAUGGAGAUCCCAGGCUUGAGUUAAUGCAGCAGCACAAACUUACAAUGGCGCGCCAGUAUGUAAAUGGGGACUUAAAGUUGCUUAAAGAGUUGUAUCAGAAGGUCAGAUCCAUGGCGAAAGCUGCAAAAGAAUGCUACGCUGACCAGAGCUCCGUCGCCAAAUUCAGCGACGAGGAGUUUUCUAAAAUGAUGUUUCUCGAUGCCUGCUUCCUCCUCCAGUUCAUCUACUGCACUGCACGAGAAGAACGAGACGCCUUGAAGAUUAAAAACAACAUGAUAGCUCUUGUUCAACGCGACUUGAUCUUACUGGAGAAUCAAAUUCCUUUUCAAGUCCUCAAUGAAUUGAGCUUCAAGUUUGGAAAUGAAAACAGAAAGAAGACGAUGUUAAAUAAGUUUGUUACACAAAUUCGCAGUCUUCCUCCUCAAAGCCACAAGACAAACCUAAAAAGUUUUCUAGGUAAUGUAGCUUUUGGGAAGAGAAAAGCCGCGCUGGAUGUGGAGGGAAUUGCUGGAACAUUUGAAAGUGAACCAGCUCAUCUUCUAGACCUCAUUCGCAGCAGUCUCUUUGACAAAGCCGUUUUGACUCGACAGCCUCCUCACGAUUGCAGUGACUGGUUUUCAUACCGGUCAGCGAAGGAGCUGAAGGAAGUGGGAAUCCAUUUCAGGCCGAGCAAGACUAACAGAUUCACAGACGUUGAUUUUAAAUCCGGGUAUCUUGCAGGAAUCCUGAAACUUCCACAAAUAUACAUCGAUGAUUCAUCAAAAUCUAUGCUUCUAAACUUGGUGGCAUACGAGUUCAGCCCCAAUGGGCCAGACGAUUUCGGAAUUUCUUCAUACAUAUGCUUGAUGGAUUCGCUUAUUGACCAUGCUGAAGAUGUUAAGGAGCUUCGAAAAAAAGGUAUACUUCUGAAUUUUCUGGGAAGUGAUCAACAGGUUGCUGAUCUUUUCAAUGAGAUAGCUGAUAAUUUGGUGUCACACCCAAAUGCCUAUGCGGUUGUUAAAGAUGGGAUAGAAAAGCAUUACAAAAGCAGGUUGAAGAUUUGGCUGGCAGAGUGGCUGCAUGAUCAUUUCAACAGCCCUUGGACGGUUCUUGCUUUCAUUGGUGCAAUUUUAGCACUUGUCCUCAGUGUUCUUCAGACUUAUGAAUCCUGGGGACCUAGUAAUUGCUAAUACACUGCCACGUAAGUACAUUUUUUACAAUUUCUUGUGUCUUUGUUUAUGUGAGGCGAUUGCAUGUGUGUGUUUAACUAGUUCCAAUAAAAUCUAAGCUGUGAGUCA